AUGAACAAAGAAGAUAAUAAAAAAAAACAGUAAAAAUAGGAGCAACCUUAGAAGGAAAAGCCCGAAAAAAAAGAAGAAUAAAAAGUUAACAACGAUGAAACUUAAACAAAAAAGAAGAAGAAGAAUAACAAUAACGCAAACAACAAGAAUUAAGUCAAUGAUGAUUUAGCAUUUUUAGAAUCUUUAAUAAAAUCAAAGCAAGAAGAAGAAAAUAAGCAAAGAUAAGAAAAGAAAAAUAAACCUAUUUCUGAAGAAGAAGAAAAAAAUGAUGCUCCUUAUGGAAAAUUAGGCCCUGCUUAUAAGGAAGGCAUGGAACUUAAUAAAUCUAGAUUUUAAGAUAACUCUGUUUUGAGAUUACUUGGAGAUUGGAAGGAAGGAGAAACUAAACAAACUUAACCACCUACUGUGAGAGUUGAUGAAUAAUUCCCAAACCACGAAUAUCCUGUUGGUGAAAUUUAAUAUUAUCAAAAAGACUAAGCUUUUAGAACAAGUUCUGCUGAAUUGAAGGAGAAGGAUAAACUUAUGGAUCAUUAGAUUGAAUGCUUAAGAAAAGCUGCAGAAUGCCAUAGACAAGUUCGUAAAUAUUGCCAACAAUUAAUCAGACCAGGAAAAAAAUUAAUUGACAUCUGUGAAUCAAUUGAAGAAAUGAAUAGAUUUUUAGUUAGAGAAAAAGGUUUAGACGCCGGUAUUGCAUUCCCUACUGGCUGCUCUCUUAAUCACGUUGCUGCUCACUACACUCCAAAUAACGGAGACUUUACAACUAUUGAAUAUGAUGAUGUUUGUAAAAUUGAUUUUGGUACUCAAGUUGAGGGUAGAAUUAUUGAUUGUGCUUUUACUGUUGCUUUUAACCCUAAAUAUGAUAAGCUUUUAGAAGCUGUAAAAGAAGCUACCAACACUGGUAUUAAGGAAGCUGGUAUUGAUGUGAGAAUUCCUGACGUUGGUGCUGCAAUCUAAGAAGUCAUGGAAAGCUACGAAGUUGAAAUUGAAGGAAAAACAUAUCCUGUAAAGGCUAUCAGAAAUCUUAAUGGUCAUUCUAUCGAAGCUUAUCAAAUCCAUGCUGGUAAAAGUGUUCCAUGCAUCCGUACUGGCCCAAAUGUUAAGAUGGAGGAAGGAGAAUAAUAUGCUAUCGAAACUUUCGGUGUCAUAAAUGGUAAAGCCUCAAUUUUCGAAGAUGGUGAAUGUUCUCACUAUAUGAAAGAUUUCAAUAAAGAAAUGGUUCCUCUUAGACAACCUAAGGCCAAAAACUUGUUAAAGUUUAUUGAUAACAACUUUGGAACUCUUGCCUUCUGUAGAAGAUGGUUAGAUAGAGGUGGUUAGACUGGUCAUAUUUUAUCAUUAAAAUAAUUAUGCGAUGCUGGUAUAGUUGUUCCUUAUCCUCCUCUUGUUGAUGUUAGAGGUUCAUAUGUAGCUCAAUACGAACAUACAAUCGUUCUUAAGCCUUCUCAUAAAGAAGUUAUUUCUCGUGGUGAUGAUUAUUGA